AUGAGGCUUUAGCAGGAAACCGGCGUGGCAUUUACCUUUGUCCCUAAUUUACAUCCAAUCACCUCACUCAUCCUCGCCGGGUGACCAUCAGCAAAGACGACAACCCCACCCACGAUAGCGAUAACUCCUUCCCAGGAUCCUCUAGCGCAGCUCCGAAAGACGCAGCUUCCGCUCACCGCUGCUUCGUUCCCCACCGCCUCCUCUAUGCCUGUGAUUUCCCUCUUCUUCUUCCUCUCAUACCCCCGGAUUUUGGGCAUUUUGCUCAUCCGAGUGGCAUUUGUCCUCAGGUUUCUACGACGAAUUUACCUUCAACCUCUCUCGCUGUGAACUCUUUUGUACCACCCUCACCUUGUCUGGUCUUUCUUUGCUGAGAUUUUCCUUUUUCAAUUAUUACAUUUACAUUUCCUUCUUGAUAUCUCGUAAAUAGCUGAUUCCGACAAUGUCAAAUGUUGAUAUAACCAACGAUGGCUUCAUCGGGCUUGACUACGACUCGAGAAGUUACAUCCAGCCUCAGUCAUGGCCCGUGGCGGUGGACCAUCAGAGCUCCCAGCGAACGGAGGGAUCGCGAGACAUCUCUAGCGGUCACGCUUAUGAACAGUCGGUAGCUCAGGAUCCCAACCUGAUGGUCGACUGGCACUUCCAACAGCUGCAACCCCACCUUCAGUACACUCAGGAGGAUCAUUCGUCGGCUCAGCAAUAUACGACUUCAAGCUAUGGGAUGCCCAUCCAUUCGUCUCCUGUGGAUGUCAUGGCUCCGCCCCAGGGCCAGAUGAGCUCCGGUCUUUUGGAAAGUUCUUAUAUGCCACUACCUGCGCCAGUCGACAUGGUUCCAUUUGGCUACCAGGAUCUCCAAACUGAGCUGAUGUCUUUCCCGGAUGGCCUGCCAGAUUUAUCAUCCUACGCUGCACCACGCAACUUGAUUGGUAGCAGUUCCCCCACGGACACUUACUUGGAAGUACGGUCAUUGUCGAGUAGCGAUAACGGCUGGAGCGCCAUUGAACCCCGUCACUCUCACGAAUUCAUGUUCCCCGAUCAGGGCAUCUUUAUCAAUCCCACGCAAACGUUGCACGACCGGAGCCUUUCUGAGUCAUCCUACUCAACUUCCUACGGCAGUUUUGUUGACAUCUCCAAUCCAGUCAACUCGCCCACCUCUGAUCUUAACUUCGAGUCUGCUUUCAGCAUGCCGAGACGGGUCUCCUACGAUCACACUUCCCACGGCUCCCGAUCCCCUACCGCAGUCAGCCCUGUAGCAAUUGUGCGACCUAUUCCUGUUCCCUCCAAGAAGUCCACUUCGCCCACCAGGUCUGCUGGAUCACAGGCGUCAUCCUCAUCGCCGCCCAGUAGGAAACCAUCGCGCAAAAGCCCAAUCGCUGCGAAGACUGCGGAGACAAAGAUCCGCAAGCAAUCGCAAGCUGGAAAGCCGGAAGGCGAGAAACGUGUUGGAAAGCGAAAGGGCCCGCUCAAGCCGGACCAGAGAAAGCAAGCCAGCGAAAUUCGCAAGUUGAGAGCAUGCCUGCGUUGCAAAUUCUUGAAAAAGACUUGUGAUAAAGGCGAGCCCUGUGCCGGUUGUCAACCCUCGCAUGCUAGAUUAUGGCAAGUUCCUUGCACAAGAAUCGACAUCAAGGAAAUUGGGUACUUCAUGAAGGAUUGGAAAGCGGACUACGAGCGUCAUAUUACUCUCGGAUUUUCGGUCGGAAACAUCAAGGGUUUCUCAGAGCACGAAAGGACCUUGUUCAUCACCCAUGGUUAUGGUCAGAUUCUUCCCAUUAACGCCCGGGAGGUCUACGUCCGGGAUGAUCAAUGCUUUAGUGUCGACUGGGUCGAAUCGAUGCACCGAGAACCCACCCAGUACGAGGUCGAGACCGCCAAACUAUCUGCUGGUAUGGAAGGUAUAUCACAUGCCAUGUUGUCCGAUUAUCUUGACCGCCACAUUGAUGGCAAUGGUACUUUUGAGAAGUUUGUGGACGACUACUUCGAGGGUACACCAUUCCUGACGCAGAUGCUCAAGACUGCCUUCCGGUAUUACUUCCGCACCAAGCUACCUGUGAUCCGUAAAGCGUUGAAGCUCAUCAUCGCCUACAACCUGACUCUCCAUGUCACAAUGGUGGAGGGUAUAGGUGAAGAAGAUGGCUUCCUUGGCAAGAUUGAGGACCCAUCAUCGAAGUUCAAGGGCAAGAUCAUGGCGCCUGUCAUGAUCAAUUUCCAGAUCAAGUGUGCCAUGGCUAAUAUGUGGCGCGAGCUGCAGAAGGAUGUCCUCGAAGAGCUGUCGAGUCUUUACUCAAGCGUGUAUAGUGGGGAGAAACUGAAGAACUGGCCUACGAUCUUCAUUUUAGCAUGCAUCCUGUUGGCAGUGUGGGAGGAAAUGCAAUUCGACUGCCAUUACCGCACACCGGACCCUGCCGCUGUGGAGAAGUUCUGCAAUGAUAUGGAGAAUAUCCCUGUCGGAGUCAUCGUUGGCUUGUUCCAGGCAAUUUCGCAGAAACUCCCCGCUUUCACUGAUUGGGAAACACAGAAGCACCACCACUUGCUGUUUUCGAAUCCAGAUGUUUGCAACACCAUGACCGAGGUUCGCGAACAUGUAAAGCAAUACGAGAGCUAUCUGAGAAGCCGCUCGAAUUCGAAAUUCGACCGCAAUGACUUUGAUUGCUUGUCGAACAAAUUCAUUUCAAGACUUGUGGUUCGCGCAAAUUAAGAUGACGAGAUAUGAGGAUGAAAAACCACGACCUACAAUCGACUCAAAUGUGUUACGGCUGAGCCAGCGCAGUACAACCCCAUAUGAGACAUGUCGACCUUGAUGUUUACGAGACUCGCCUGAAGCGAAAGCGACUAUCACUCUUUUCGCAUUUGUGUCUUAUUUACGGCCGCUUUCCUGCU